AUGUCUGCUCCCUUACCCGGCCGUCAAUCCCCUUCUCCGGAGCGCCAAUCCGGCGCCCAGCAGCAGGAUAUCCCCGGCUCCGGCAAGACCAAUGUCGGCAAGCAACCAGAACCCGUGUUAUCGUCGGAGGAAUAUAGGGACACUGUGAUGACGAGCAACCCCGAACCCCGGCUAGAGAAGAUCGAGGCGGCGAAAUAUGCCAACGAUAAACACCAUUGA